UCCUCCUCCUCCUCCCUCUCCUCCUCCUCCUCCUCCCCGGCUAUCUUUGUCUGGCUCACAGCACCCCACUCCAGCCCCGCGCCCGUGCCCCGCCGCCGCCGGGACGCGCAGCCGCUGCCCUUCGGUGCCCGGCGCCGUUUCAUGCGAGGGCAGCGCCGCGGGAAGGGCUCGGAGGCGGCGGGGGCUCCGCCGCGGCGCUGGGCGUGAGCUCUCCCCAAUCGCCCCAUGCAAGAGCGGGGCCGCGGCUGCCGCUGCCGGCUCCCGGCGUGAGCGCCGCCGCCCCGGCCGGGCCGAGCCGAGCCGUGCCAUGCCCGGGCGAGGGGUGCACCGUGAAGCUGCCAGAGGCUGCCGGCCCCGGCGCCGCUCCUGCCGCCGCCGCCGCGACAUGGUGUGAGCCCGCUGCCGCCCGGCACCCACCGACCGACACAUCGAGCAACCGAGCGACCGACCGGCCCGGUGCACCGCCGCCCGCCUCGGAGGGACCCAGCCCCGCAGUGCACCGCGGGGAGACAGACGGAGCGCAGCACCCCCUCUCCUUCCUUCCUUCCUUCCUUCCUUCCUUCCUUCCUUCCUUCCUUCCUUCCUUCCUUCCUUCCUUCCUUCCUCCCUCCUUCCCUUCCUUCACCUCCCUCUCCCCCCUCCUCCUCCCACCAACCAUCUAUCUAUCCAUCAUCCCCCCCGCCAACCCCUCCCAAUGCUGAAGAGUUUCAACCCGGCGGGGCUGGAGUGAAGAAGGGAAGGGCGGAAGGGAGGAGAGGAGCUCCGCGCAAUUCACAGCUGCUCCGGGGAGGGGGGAGCGGCGGCCUCGCUAUUAUUUAACAGAGAAGAAAAAAAUCAGAAGGAAAAAAAAUAGAUAUAAAGGAAGAGACGGGAAAAUGGCGAACGAUUCUCCUGCAAAAAGUCUGGUGGAUAUCGACCUUUCCUCCCUGCGGGACCCCGCUGGGAUUUUUGAGCUGGUGGAAGUGGUUGGCAAUGGCACGUACGGGCAAGUCUACAAGGGUCGGCAUGUCAAGACAGGUCAGCUGGCAGCCAUCAAAGUCAUGGACGUUACUGAGGACGAAGAAGAAGAAAUCAAACUGGAGAUUAAUAUGCUAAAGAAAUAUUCUCAUCAUCGAAAUAUUGCAACUUAUUAUGGUGCUUUCAUUAAGAAAAGUCCUCCAGGACAUGAUGACCAACUGUGGCUUGUUAUGGAGUUUUGUGGAGCUGGCUCUAUCACAGACCUUGUGAAGAACACGAAAGGGAAUACUCUGAAAGAAGACUGGAUAGCAUAUAUCUCCAGAGAGAUUCUCCGGGGGUUGGCACAUCUUCAUGCCCAUCAUGUGAUUCACAGGGAUAUCAAAGGGCAAAAUGUGUUGUUAACAGAGAAUGCAGAAGUGAAACUUGUGGAUUUCGGUGUGAGCGCUCAGCUGGACAGAACAGUUGGCAGGAGAAACACUUUUAUUGGAACUCCGUACUGGAUGGCUCCAGAAGUUAUUGCCUGUGAUGAAAAUCCAGAUGCUACGUAUGAUUACAGAAGUGACCUUUGGUCAUGCGGCAUUACAGCCAUAGAGAUGGCAGAAGGAGCUCCCCCUCUUUGUGAUAUGCAUCCCAUGAGGGCACUCUUUCUGAUACCCAGGAACCCUCCGCCGCGGUUAAAAUCCAAGAAAUGGUCAAAAAAGUUUUUCAGCUUUAUAGAAGGUUGUCUAGUGAAGAAUUACAUGCAGCGACCUUCUACAGAACAACUCUUGAAGCAUCCCUUUAUACGUGACCAACCAAAUGAAAGGCAAGUCCGAAUCCAGCUAAAGGACCAUAUAGACAGAACCAGGAAGAAGAGAGGAGAGAAAGAUGAGACAGAGUAUGAAUAUAGUGGAAGUGAGGAAGAAGAGGAGGAAGUGCCUGAACAAGAAGGAGAGCCAAGUUCCAUUGUCAAUGUGCCUGGAGAAUCAACCCUCCGACGUGAUUUCCUGAGACUGCAGCAGGAAAACAAGGAACGGUCCGAGGCCCUUCGGAGACAGCAGCUGCUGCAGGAGCAGCAGCUCCGCGAGCAGGAGGAGUACAAGAGGCAGCUGUUGGCAGAGAGGCAGAAGCGCAUUGAGCAGCAGAAGGAGCAGAGGAGACGGCUAGAAGAGCAACAAAGGAGAGAACGGGAAGCUCGAAGGCAACAAGAGCGUGAGCAAAGGCGGAGAGAACAGGAGGAAAAAAGACGUCUGGAAGAAAUGGAGAGGAGGCGUAAGGAAGAGGAAGAGAGAAGAAGAGCAGAGGAGGAAAAAAGGAGAGUAGAAAGGGAGCAGGAGUAUAUCAGGCGACAGCUAGAAGAGGAGCAGCGGCACUUGGAAAUUCUACAGCAGCAGCUGCUCCAGGAGCAGGCCAUGUUACUGGAAUACAGAUGGCGAGAGAUGGAGGAACACCGACAGGCGGAGCGACUCCAGCGCCAGUUGCAGCAGGAGCAAGCCUACCUCCUGUCGCUGCAGCAUGAUCACAGGCGACAGCAGCAGCAGCAGCAACAACAGCAGCAGCAACAGCAGCAGCAGCAGCAAGAAAGAAAUAAGCAAAGCUAUCAUACUCCUGAGCCAAAAUCCCACUAUGAGCCUGCUGAAAGAGCGCGUGAGGUGGAGGAGAGAUUUAGAAAAACUAAUCAGGGCUCCCCUGAAGCACAGUCUAAACAGAUGGGCAAAGUGUUGGAGCCACCAGUGCCUUCAAGAUCAGAGUCCUUUUCUAAUGGAAACUCAGAACCUGCUCAGCCUGCCCUGCAGAGGCCAAUGGAGCCUCAGGUACAGUGGUCCCAUCUGGCAUCUCUCAAGAACAAUGUUUCCCCUGUCUCGCGAUCCCAUUCCUUCAGUGACCCUUCUCCCAAAUUUGCUCAUCACCAUCUUCGUUCCCAGGACCCAUAUCCACCUUCACGCAGUGAAGUGCUAAAUCAGAGUUCUGACUCUAAGUCGGAGGUACCCGACCCCACCCAAAAGGCUUGGGCUAGAUCAGACAGUGACGAGGUGCCUCCAAGGGUCCCUGUGAGAACAACGUCCCGAUCACCAGUCCUGUCCCGCCGCGAUUCUCCGCUGCAGGGUAGCGGGCAGCAAAAUAACCAAGCAGGUCAAAGAAACUCCACGAGCAAUAUAGAGCCUCGUCUGCUGUGGGAAAGGGUGGAGAAGCUCGUACCAAGGCCAGGCAGUGGCAGUUCUUCAGGUUCAAGCAACUCCGGCUCACAGCCUGGCUCCCACCCCGGCUCUCAGAGUGGGUCUGGAGAGCGGUUCCGGAUGAGAUCAUCAUCCAAAUCAGAGGGUUCUCCAUCACAGCGUCAUGAAAGUGCACCUAAAAAGCCUGAAGAGAAAAAGGAAGUCUUCAGACCUGUCAAGCCUGCUGGAGAAGUGGAUUUAACUGCAUUGGCAAAGGAAUUGCGAGCAGUAGAGGAUGUGCGACCUCCACAUAAAGUAACGGAUUAUUCAUCCUCAAGUGAGGAGUCAGGGACAACAGAUGAGGAAGAUGAUGAUAUGGAACAAGAAGGAGCAGAUGAAUCUACUUCUGGACCAGAUGAUGUCCGAGCAGUGUCAACGUUGAAUCUGAGCAAUGGUGAAACAGAGUCAGUGAAAACCAUGAUUGUCCAUGACGAUGUGGAGAGUGAACCUGCCUUGACUCCUUCUAAGGAGGGCACCUUAAUUGUCCGACAGAGUACAGUUGACAAAAAGCGUGCCAGCCAUCAUGAGAGCAAUGGCUUUGCCGGUCGCAUUCACCUCUUGCCAGAUCUCUUACAGCAAAGCCAUUCCUCCUCCACUUCCUCCACCUCCUCCUCCCCAUCCUCCAGCCAGCCGACACCCACCAUGUCCCCACAGACACCCCAGGACAAGCUAACUACUAAUGAGACUCAGUCCGCUAGUAACACACUCCAGAAACACAAAUCUUCCUCCUCCUUUACACCUUUUAUAGACCCCAGAUUACUACAGAUUUCUCCAUCUAGUGGGACAACCGUGACUUCUGUGGUAGGAUUUUCUAGUGAAGCAAUGAGAUCAGAGGCAAUAAGGCAAGACCCUACGCGGAAAGGAUCAGUUGUCAAUGUGAAUCCCACGAAUACACGGCCACAGAGUGAUACCCCAGAGAUUCGCAAAUACAAGAAGAGAUUCAAUUCUGAGAUACUGUGUGCUGCCUUAUGGGGAGUGAACUUGUUAGUGGGCACUGAAAGUGGUCUGAUGCUGCUAGACAGAAGUGGUCAGGGGAAGGUUUAUCCGCUCAUCAAUCGAAGAAGAUUCCAGCAAAUGGAUGUACUUGAAGGGCUGAAUGUCUUGGUGACAAUUUCUGGUAAGAAGAACAAGUUGCGAGUUUACUAUUUGUCCUGGUUAAGAAAUAAAAUCCUUCACAACGACCCUGAAGUAGAAAAGAAACAGGGCUGGACAACGGUGGGCGACUUGGAAGGCUGUGUGCACUAUAAAGUUGUAAAAUAUGAAAGAAUCAAGUUCUUGGUAAUUGCAUUGAAGAGUUCUGUGGAAGUCUAUGCAUGGGCACCAAAGCCAUACCAUAAAUUUAUGGCCUUUAAGUCAUUUGGAGAAUUGGUACAUAAGCCAUUGCUGGUGGAUCUCACCGUAGAAGAGGGUCAGAGACUAAAAGUGAUCUAUGGCUCCUGCGCUGGCUUCCAUGCUGUUGAUGUCGAUUCAGGAUCGGUCUAUGAUAUUUAUCUACCAACCCAUAUCCAGAGCAGUAUCCAACCUCACGCAAUCAUCAUUCUCCCAAACACGGAUGGGAUGGAGCUGUUGGUCUGCUACGAGGAUGAAGGAGUUUACGUCAACACGUACGGAAGGAUAACCAAGGAUGUAGUUCUGCAGUGGGGAGAAAUGCCAACUUCAGUUGCGUACAUCCGAUCCAACCAGAUUAUGGGCUGGGGAGAAAAAGCUAUCGAAAUACGAUCAGUGGAAACUGGACACUUGGAUGGUGUGUUCAUGCACAAAAGGGCACAAAGACUCAAGUUCUUGUGUGAACGCAAUGACAAGGUUUUCUUUGCCUCCGUACGGUCUGGUGGAAGCAGUCAAGUGUAUUUCAUGACCCUUGGCAGGACUUCUCUUCUGAGCUGGUAGAAGCAGUGGGAUUUGGCGAGGAAUUGCUGACAUCCAGAGUCUGAGAUCUUCAUAACUCGGAAUUACUUUCAACUGGAGUACAGACCUGCACGAAUGCAGCACUCUGUGUAAAUGUGUGUGCAGGCAUCACUGGUGUUAGGUUUCUUUUUGUUUUUCAACUGAGGCUGCGACGCAGCUGGUGCUGUAAAGAUAUUGCCAUCAGGUGCUACAAUGUCUUUGAGAUUUGGGAUCAUGCUAGAAAGCUACAGGUCUUCUUUUCCCUUCAGCUCCAGGAUUCCUAGGCUUUGAAGGACUCUGUCUGUUAGUGUUGAAACAGAGAGGGGGGGAAAUAAAAGGAAAAUAAAACAGACUACCAUGAACAUGCUGUUGAGUGGGCAGGAGGUAGGCAAGAGAAGGUGAGAAGUGGUGUAGAGAGUCAGACUGGCUGAAACAGAGGGCAGAUCUAGUCUAGUAAUGUUAACAGUGUAUUUAAUUGACAUUUCUUUUUUGUAAUGUGACAAUAUGUGGUCAAAGAGGAAGGUGCAGGUUUUAAGAAGUUAAUAUUUAUAAAAUGUGAAAGACAGUGACUAGGAUAACUUCUUCUUGGGACAGGGAGGGUGGGAAGGGGCUCGGGGUGGAAUUCUUGGGUUUUUUUGUUUCUGCAGUUUUAUUUUGGCCUGGCCAAUAACUUUAGUCAUUUUCUGUGUACCAGGUAUUGCCUGAAACAUGUGCAGAUGAUAAAAAAAAAAGAAAAAGGGGGGGAGGGGGGGAGAAAAAAGAAAAAAAAAAAGGAAAAAAAAAUUUCAUUUUCUAUAAUGAUUCUGUGUUAGGCCAGAACUUGGUUAUGUCACAGUAUUAGCACUGCCUCAGUUAAAGGUUUAAUUUUUGUUUAAACCUAGAAGUGCAACAACAGUUUUACCACAGUCUGCACUCGCAGAACUAAAAAAAAAAAAAAAGGAAAAAAAAAAUAGAAAUAAAAUCCAAACUACAUAUGUUUAUUUUUUGUGCCUACCUCAUUGUUUUUAAUGCAUAAAAUAAAAGAGGUGGUUUAGUUUAUACGUUUUUAGAUGAAAACCAUUAAUGUCUAAUUUAAUCUUAAUACCAAAACUACCAGAUUGAAAGGUUUCCGACUGUUAUUGCAUAGCAAGUUUCAGCAGGAGGAGAGAGUGGUCCGUCGGGGCAAUAGUGGUAGCGGUAUGGCAGUGAGACACUGAUUAAUGUAAUUUGCUUACAAAAUUUGGUGAAGCAAGCAUUUUUUUAAACCAGUUUCAUCCUUAAUAGAAGUCUGAAUUUAGCCUAAAACCGGAGGCUUCACUCUGCUAACACGUUGGGCUUAGUAACAGGCAGGUAAAAAUAACUAGGCUAGUUCUAUAAACUGUUAAAUGUUGUAGGAAACAUUUUGGGGCGGUGAUGUUUUUCUUUUUUAAGAAUGCAAUGCACUAAAACUCUUUUAAGAAUGUAGUUAAUACUGCUUAUUCAUAAAGACAGCGUAUACCUGUGUUUAGAUGUAAGAUCCCAGCUCUGGCUUUUUUUUUUUCUUUCUUCUUUUUUUUUUUUAAGUCAGUUUUAUUUUAUGAAUAAGUUUCUGACAUUUGUAAUAAAUGUCUUGAGAGUAAUAAUUUGUUUAAUGGCUACAUGUUCAUUACUUGAGAAACCUUGAGUGUAUAAUAAUCUGUUGGUGUUGUAAUAAUGCACAGUGUCACGAUUCAGCCACUUUCCUUUUUGUUUUCACUUUUUUUUUUUAAUUCCUUUAAUUCACAAUUCAGCCACUUUCCUUUUUGUUCUCACUUCUUUUUUGGUUUUUUUUAAUUCCUUUGGUGGGGUACUUUGUUGACAGCUGCCUUAAGCUGUUCAUUCAGUGAACAGGCUCUCAGUGUUUCAUGGGCUUUGUCUUCUGCUGCGGUUAACUUUCCUUCACGGCAUGACAGGUAGGGCUUUUUAAACACGUAUUCUUCAAUUCAGUCAAGCCGAUGGCUCGAGCGACUGGUCACACAAUCAAUUUAAGAGCCACAAGCACCAAGUGUGCAAAGCUCAGACUCGACAGACCCUUCUUUUGGUGUCAAAUCUGACUGCUGUAAAUCCUUCAACCCCAAUCAGCAUUGCUGCUGAAGACUCUCCUUCGAACAUCGUAGACGGUUGAAAAGCGAGCGGUAAAUGCGCACCGCCAGCGUGUGUGUGUUUGCACACAACACCCUAUCCCACCCCCCAAAAAAAGAAUCACAACUCAAGGAAGCCUUACAUUUGCUGGCGGAGGAAUACCUAGAACUAUUUUUUUUUUAAUUGUAUGACUUUUGGAUAGCGUUGAAGGUGAAGGAUGUGUUCUUUUCGGGCCCGGUGCGGUCAACCAGAAGAACGAUCAACCUUUUGUACUAUAAUGAACUAAAGGGGACUCAGAAACGCAAUGUGAUGGUAGACAUGGGUGUAAUCACACAGCUGCCCUAUAGUGUAGUUUGCCAAAGCUGAUUCGAUCGAAUGUCAGUCUGCGUGAUUUAAAUCUUCCAGCGGUCAAAAUUUAAUCUAGUCCUUGAAAGCUGAUGCUAUUCACCUAGAAGAUGCUCCUAGCUGAUGCUAUUCACCUAGAAGAUGCUCCAGUACUGUAGGGAUGCCCAAGUCAUGGAUAUGUGAUGUUGAAGUUUGGAGGCUCUGGGGAGGCGGGGGGGAAUCUCCUUCCUGUGGUGGGCUGCCUGCCUGGCAGCUUCUGCCUCCCCGGAAGUGCCAACAUGGCAAGGUAAAAACAGUAUUACAAAACCACUACGUAUACCGACACCGAACACUUCAAACAGUGCUUUUGUAAGCAAAGAAGAAAAGAAAAGCUCCUAGGUUUAGUUUUAAGCUUUAAUAAGUAAUAAUUUUCUGUAUCUUUAAGUCAAAGUAACCCUAACUUGUAUGACUGCAGUGUUUUUAUUUUUUAUCUUAUGCACAUGUUAUGUUGGAGAAAAUGUUUACAAAAAUGGUUUUGUUACACUAAUGUGCAUCACAUAUUUAUGGUUUAUUUGAAAGUGAUUUUUGUGGGUUUUUUAGUUUUUCAUAGUAGUAGUAGUACACUUUUUGUGAUUUAUAACCCCAAACUCUGCUGAUUAUAAAGAUGCUAAACAAUAAUACAAAAUGACAAACUGCAUUAAAAUUACUAAUCGUAGAGCUGCAAAGCAGACUGGUGACAAGUAAAACACUCAGCCUUUUUUUUGCAGUGCUAUCUAACUUGUCUUCUGUGUAUUAUGGAAAUUACUGUUUUUUCCCCGUUUUUCCUUAAAUAAAGUCAAAUUGACACCUA